UGGCGGAAUACAGUAGCAGCUCAGUACUAUAUUUACAGCAUGUAAAUGCACAGUAUGAGAACUACAGCGCUCACUUGCACUGCGAAUAGUAGUAGUUACUGUAUAAGCGGAGUGCCACAAGUCACCAGGUGGUGUGUAUGAAGUGCACAGCUGGGAAAUCCUUCAGAAGCCGUAUCCUGCCGCGGAAUUCUUUCCCUAGCCUUCACGACCUGCCUACCGCUCUCAUUAGGCUCCUCCCAUUCCCUCCCACAUGGGUACUUUGCAUUGUUAUGGGGGAGGGGAAGGAGAGGUGGAGCUAGAACAAGGGGAAGUAAAAAAAAAAUAUAAUCCUGGCUGAGCACUUUCCCCCCUAAAAUAUGAUGAAUUAAUUUUUGGAUUGUGGAUUUUUUUUUAAUCAUAUGCACGCGAUUGUAAGCGCUUAAUGUUGGCGGAUGUAUUGGCCCGGCUGCGUGUGUUGCAUCCUCUGAACAGGCGUUGCAAUAACCCUCUAUGUGUCUAGGCCACUUGGGUCCUGCAUUGAGAACCCGUGCUGGGAUGACUUGGAGACCCCGGGCCGACUGCUGCUCAAACACCGCGGCAUUAUUUUACCGCGUUGAAGUAACGGUAGAAUUACUGGGUCAUUCCAGAUAGUCCAGUUUCCAUAAGACCUACUGGCUAUUGAUCAGGAAGAAGCUGACACAAAUCAUGUGAUUAACAGGAAAUCCUCUCAUCCAAUCAAGCACAAAAAUUGACAUGGACGAAGAAGAUGGCCGGUGUUUGUUAGAUGUGAUAUGUGACCCCCAGGCUCUGAAUGACUUCUUACAUGGACCUGAUCAGAUUGGUGGCGAUGACCUCUUGGAUAACACAGGAGAUGCUGCAAGUGCCUUCUUUGUGGGCACUGGGCUUCAUGUUCAGGAAGCUCCAGGAAACCAUCUAACAACAGAAUCUAACCCUCCCACUUCAAGUGUAGAUUUAGACUUUUUGGAGGAUGAUGACAUUCUUGGGUCUCCUUCAGCUGGCAGUGCCAGUCUUGCUAGUGCUGAUCAGCCCUGUGACAUCCUUCAGCAGAGCCUGCAGGAGGCUAACAUUACAGAACAGACUCUGGAAGCUGAGGCAGAGUUGGACUUGGGCUCCUUUCAGCUCCCCACCCUACAGCCGGUGGUGCAGGCCGCCCCGGAUGGAACCCCCCAGAUAUUUUCUGGAGGAGCUGACCUUAUUGGGCUGCAGCAGCCAGCAGUGCUGACCCAUCAAGCCCUGGUGCAACAGUCUGUAGGGGGAGAUGUGGUCAACAAAGCUAUCAGUGUCCAACCUUUUCUUCAACAAGUCGGCCUUGGCAAUGUUACUAUUCAGCCAAUCUCUAACCUGCCAGGACUUCCAAAUGGCAGCCCUGGUGGGGCACUUGGCAUUGGGCAGAUACAAGUUGUUGGACAGCAGGUCAUGGCCAUUAACCAACCUGCACAACAGAUUAUUGCCAAGCAGGUGCAAUCAACUCAAGUUGCUAAUUUACCUGUGGGAAGCUAUUUGACAGGGGCAAACACAGAACAACAGCAAGUCACACUUACAUCAAGUGGAGUAUCACCACAGAACACAGGAUUAGUCUUGCAGAACAAAAUCCCAACUGUGGCCACAACUCUUAAUGGAAAUUCUAUGUUUGGUAGUGUUUCAGCAGCGCAGUGCACACAAUCCCUCACAGUUACAUCUAGCUUAAACAGCCCAGUUAUUAUACAGAGAACUCCAACUCCUAUUCAGCCAAAACCUGCUGGAGUCCUGCCACAGAAACUGUUUCAGAUAUCCCCCAAACCUUUUACUCCAAACAAUGCUACACUUACCAUUCAGGGAGAGGCUGCACUGCAGCAGCCAAAGACUCAGCAGAACUUGGCUUUUAUGACAGGCAAGCCGGGACCAAAUGUGCUGCUGUCCAGCUUUCCCCAGGGGCUCCCCACCAAUAUGUUUAAACAGCCACCCUCACAGCAGCAUUCACUUGGCAAGCCAAUGAGUGUUCAUCUUCUAAACCAAGGCAGUAGUAUUGUCAUACCUGCCCAGCAUGCCCAAGCUAUGUUGCAGGGGCAAAAUCAAUUUCUUCUGCCUGGCCAGCUUGCAGGGGCAUCAGCCGUCCAACCACUUUCUGCCCUCCAGGCCAACAUGGGAGGGCAGAUCCUGGCUGCCUCCCAUCCUAGUGGACAAGCUCACAUAAUUGCCAGCCAGGGCCCAGGGGGGCAGCUCCUCAACCAAGCACUGCCUGCCCAAAUUCUUACAAACCAGAAUAUUGCAAGCCAGUUGAACUUGGGACAGGUCCUUGCAUCCCAGAAUGCGCAUGGCACAGCUCACAUCUUUUCAGGGCAAAUUCAGCUGCAAGCGGGACAGGUAGGCCAACCCACCUUGUUUCAAAUGCCAGUAUCUUUGGCUGGGAGUUUGAGCACUCAGAGCCAGGCGUCAGUCGCCACAUCUUUGAAUCAAGCAGGGCAGACAGUCAUCCAAGGGGUAACUUUACCCAACCAGGUUGCAAUGUUCAAUCCGUCAGAGAAUCUUGGGCAAGCAGUUAGUAUCCAGCAGACACCUGGAGGCAGCAGCCAAAGCCCAGGCAUUGUGCAGCAGCAAUCUCAACAAGUUGUCCAGGGUUCCAGCAUCCUACCCAAUGCAGACCAGGCCUCAAUUUUGACCGUCCAAACUGCACAGCAGGCUUCUCAUGGCCAGCCCCAGCUUCAGUUGAAUGUACAACAGCAGACACAACCUCAGCAAACUAUACCUGUCCAGUCUCAGCCUAGCCCCAGCUUGGCCACUAGCCCAGACAAGAUUAUUCUCGGUGGAACACCAUCGGGUACUAUCCUGAGUGCAGAAUCCAUGCAGAUGUUUUUGCAGCAGAAGAAUCAGCAGUUUUAUGAAGCAGCCUUGAAAAUGCAGCAGGAGAGCAGCCUGGUUCAGACUUCUGCUGCAACACACGUACCCAUGCCAAUCUACAGCCUAGCAGCUUCCGCCAGCACACUGAACAGCAGCAGUACAACCACUACCAGCAGUAGCGUCCCUGCCUCCGUCAUAGUGAGCAGCAGUGCCGGCUCUGCCUCCCAGCUCAACCGUGAGCUAGUCCAGAACCUCGGAACCGCAGCGGAGCCCAAAGGACAGAGCCACAUACCUCAUUUCCCAUCCAGCCAGUCUCAGCAGGCUCUGGCCUGCCAGAUUCCAUCCGGACAACAGAAGCUGCCCGGAGCCUCCCCAUCCCACUCGCUACCUCAUCCCCCAAGCCCACAGUUACAGCCUUCCUCUUCCCACCUUUCUCAAAUGCAGUCACCCCAUCAAUCUCGUCCCCCCUCGCAGCCACAGCCCCUUUCGAGGCCACCAUCUCGUCCCCAUUCACGUCCUCCAUCUCAGCCACAGAGUGUUCCCCGCCCUCCAUCCGAACCCCUCUCUCGAUCGUGUACCCCACAAAUGCAGAAUCUGUUUGUCAUUCAAAACCAAAUUGCCUCACCACAUGGGUCCUCACAGCACCCCUUACGCCCCCCAUCUCAACCUCAGGUACAGACUCCAUUUGCUUCCCACCAGCCGUCAGAUAUUCCACAAACUUUGUCUUCCCCUCAGCAGCACAUUCAGCUUCAAGUUCAGUUGAGCACCCCUCAAUCCGAGGUUCGAGCAGGUGUCCCUGUCUCCCUCCAAGCCACUCCUCCAUCAGAUCCCCAGACCCACUCAUUCCAACUACAGUUCCCCAUCAAAACAUCCAUCUCACCUCAAACUGCUGGUCAGCCGCUCCAUCUGACCGCAGACUCCCAGCGUACCUUCCAGAUGACACAAAGUCAGAUACAGGCACUCUCUCUCCAAAACUCAGUGCCCCAACAAAAACAGCUGUUGGAAAGAUAUCAACAGAUGCAGCAGCUGCAGCAAGGACUAAUGCUUCCCUCCCAUCAGCCAGCAACCAGCACCCAGACAUCCCCAGCACUUGGGGGACAGUACAGUGGGCAGGCUCCCUCUGUACUGACCAGUGGACAAGGCCAAUCUGUGCCCACCCAAGGCCCUCUGCUUGGGCAUUCCCCUGGACAGGUGCAGGUUGGAGGAAGUAGCCAGACAGCACAUCUUUCAACACUACUUCAGCAGCAACAGGCAACUGUUCUUGUAAACAAUUCAGGGCCUGCUACUGUGCCCCUAGACGCAAAUGUUUAUCCUGGCACUGUGGGAAAAUCUGUCAGUGGACAGAGUAAAUCUAUCGCUACUCUUCCAGUGCAAACACCGGCCAAGACAGCAGUGAUCAGUUCAGUUUCUGGACUGAGUUUGGGCAAGGGCUCUGUUCAGAUCCAGUUUGUUGGCAAAGGCAUAUCUCAGAUUGUUCCCACUGCUCAGACAACGACCCAGCCACAGUUUGAAAGUAAAUUUGGAGCAUUGAAAACACUUCCAACACUACAGCCAAGCAAGGAAGCUUGUUUUCUAGAGCAUUUGCACAAACAUCAAGGCUCUGUUUUGCAUCCUGACUACAAGUCUCCCUUUCACUCAUUCGAAGAUGCCUUUCAUAGACUUCUUCCUUACCAUGUAUAUCAAGGUCUUCUGCCAACUACACAGGACUUAAGGAAGGUUGAUGAUGAAUUUGAGGUUGUAUCUACUCAACUUCUAAAGCGUACACAGGCCAUGCUAAACAAAUAUCGCUUGCUGCUCUUGGAGGAAUCCAGGAGAGUGAGCCCUUCUGCAGAGAUGGUUAUGAUUGACAGAAUGUUCAUUCAGGAGGAAAAAGUUACUUUGUCCUUAGACCGGCAGCUGGCCAAGGAGAGACCAGAUGAAUAUGUAUCCUCCUCUUCCUCGCGGUCUCAGACAUUUGUGCCGACCACACCCUCUGUAUCUUCCUCUCCUUGUCCAGUCUCAACACCUGAGACCCUGAAGCCUACUGUAGUACAGACUUCCAACCCGAUCCACCCGACCAAGCUGGUGAUUAAGCACAGCGGCGGAGGUUCUCCUUCUGUCACAUGGGCCAAAGCGUCACCAUCCCUUGACACUGAUGAGGAUGCUCUUCCAUCCCGUAGCAGACCUCCUAUUAAGACAUAUGAGGCACGUAGCAGAAUUGGAUUAAAGCUGAAGAUCAAGCAAGAGGCUGGACUUAGCAAAGUUAUCCACAACACAGCCUUGGAUCCUGUGCAUCAGAAUCCUCCUCCACCACUUCCACCCCCUGCUCCACCUACAGUGCCUACCUGCACUGUCAUCAAAGCUGCUGUCCAGUCUUCCCCAGCCACCAUCACUACGCCCACUGGACAGAUGAAUGGUACAUUAGAGCAUUCUUUACCUGCCGAGAAGAAGCCACUGGCAACAUACUGCCGGCUACCUCUACGCAAGACGUACAGAGAGAAUGUAGAUGCCUUUGUCACGGGGAAACCAGGGGGUGUGUUGUCAAAAAUGGAUAAGCCAGCACAACCUCCCCCUGUGAUGCAACAGGUAAAGCAGGAGGAUGGUUCGAGAAGUGUCAUUACAUCCCAUAAGACACAAGGGAGCUCAAAUACUGAAAAGGCGAAGAAAGAGGAAAGUGCCAAGCUAGGGAUUUACAACAGAGUGGAAUCUAAGCUCAACAACAGUGAUGAGAACCCUGUGGUGUUGAGGCAUGAUGUCAAGGAUGAUGAUCAGAGCUAUUACAGAAGGAUUAUUAAAACAGAACCUCCAGAUAAUGAGACAGAGCUGAACUGGGAGAUGCAACUUCCCUCAGCAAAAAGGCUAAAGACUGAACAUUUUGAUGUUGACAAUGCUAGCUUCUCUAGUGACAGUCCACAAGAUGAUACUCUAAAUGAGCACCUACAAAGUGCUAUUGAUAGUAUCCUUAACCUCCAGCAGCCCCAGAGUGGUGCAGGAACAAAUUCUCUUCUCCGCUCCUCUACCCAGACAUCUUACCACCAUUCUUCAUCAUCUUCUCCAUUCUCCUCCCCAGUCCACCGCACAGACUCUUACCUUACCCCCAACCAUAAUGGAGGCCUAGGUACCAGGACGUUAAAUAGAUAACAAGGGGACAAUGUAGAACUGAGUGAGCGAGCCAUGAGAUUUUAAUCAUUGUGUCUGGCUGAGGAGAAAAGAAUUUAAAUGGACAAAGGGAGUUUGCAAAUGGGACAUGAAAUGCCAGAUUUAUCUGCAGCAGAAGCGAGCAGUAGACUCGUAUUUUCAAAAUAAGCCUCAAUAUUUUCCAUUCAUCAGUGUCCUACUGAGAGUGGUUCUGCAAGAAGAUUGUGCUGUCCCUCCUGUAUUGCGCCUUGAGAGGACGGCCUUUAAAUUGGAAAUGCGCAAUGUGUGCAUUGAUUUCUCCUUCUGUCUGUGCAGUCAAAGAUUUUAAGAACAUAUCCAGUUGGUGAUCUGUUGCCUUUAAAACUUAAGCUUUUUUUCUUUCUUCCUUUACUUCUUUCCCACCUGUGUUCUCCUUUCUCAUCUCAACUUGAUGAAAUUUCAAAGUGGGGGGAAAAAAGACCGACCUUGACAAAGACACCAGAUUUACAAAAGAAUGGGACUGGCUUAUAAACAAAACAAAUCAUAUUAAAAUUAUUAUAAUGAUUAUUUCUUUAAGUUAUUCAUACAAGAAGUCAGGGGAUUUUUAUGUUCUAUGUCGUAUUUCUUUAUUAUUUUUUAUAUUAUAUUCCUGUCUGGGGGAACGAGCAAAUGAAUGCACAGUGCUCUAGGAGCAUAGAAAAAAACUGCAACCAUAAAUGGGACUUUCACUUUAUUUUUGAAUUGACAAUUAUUCUAAGGGUUCCUCUACAGAGAGGGUGGAAACUACAAAGGGUGAUCAAACUCAAGCUCCCCAUAAUUGUUUCAACAGAGACUUGUUUCAGCUGUAGGGUUUCUUGAGAGUGCUCAUUCAUUGAACCUCUGCAAUUCAAAAUAAAUAAACAAAAAAAGCAAAACAGUCCAGCUCCUAAGAAGCAUAUCAUGCUUAUACUUAAUCAUGGUUCCUUAGGGUAGUUACAUUUUUGUCAGUGUGUGUCCAAUUUUUAGACAUUGCAAUGUACAGGAAAGAGGGGGGUGGACCAGACCGACAGGGUCUUGGCAGAAUUUGCACAAAGCUAAGAAUGUGACACUAUUUAUCCUAAUUUAAUGUUCCGUUAUCAAUGUGCAGAAAACCGUUGAAACUCAAUUUUAAUUCUGCUCUGAUGUAACCAAUAUACUGUCUUCCUGCUUCCCAUUCCCAGCCUAGUGUGCCGACUGGGUCAGCAAUUUCUGUUAAUAAAAAUCAGUGUUUUGCUAAUUUCAAACUGGAGCAGAAUGUCCUGCAGUUAAAAAUAAUAUACUGUAAGCACCCAAAUUGGGCAAACUUCUGGGAGGGAGAUGCAAAUCUACCCUAUAUGUACCAAAAAUGUUUUGUUUUUGUUUUUUACAUUAAAUUUAGUAAAAUAAAGUUUAUUGGAUACAGAAGUGAUUGUCUUUCAGCUGUGAACAAACUAUACGAUGAGGCCGAAAGCAACAAUUUGGUAAGAUAAAAUGAAGUUUAUUGGGUUUUAAGAGGAUUAUCAUAGGAUGGGUGCAGACUGGAAGCCUACAGAGCAUAUAUUUAACAUGAAAGUAGGAAUGUUUUGGCAGCCAGUUAUAUUGUAGCCCCAAUUAAAUGCCCCUCAGUUUUCUAGGAGAGAAAUAAUCAGAGACAAUUCACCCUGUACAAAUACCCCUACCUCUAUUUUUAUUUUCUUGUGCAAAGCUUUAGAAGUCUGUAAGGAGCCAUUUUGAACCCUACAUCCUGAAUUCACUCCCCUAUCAUGUAAUAAUCUGUGCCAUCUCUGAAAGUUUUGUUUCACCCCGUCAAUAGUUCCCCCUCUCAUUCAUCAUCCAAGCCAACAUUACAGUCUGAAUAUAGUACUAUAAAAGGAUUUGUACUGUAUUUAUAAUGUAUAAUGAUUUUUUUAAAAGAAUGAUGUACAUUUAGUACUGCUGUGUAAAUUAAAUUUGCUCCUCUUUUUAAAAACUGUAUGUUUUUUUUUUUUUGAAAAAUGUUUUAAAAAUACAGAAUCUAAAACAAAGAGUAAAUGAUUUAUUGUUUGUCAGCAGCACAAGGAUUCCUUCUCAAUGCUGCAGUGCUAUUGGACAAGUCAUAUUGAAAAGACAAUUACAGGUUAUGAAGGUUAUGAAGUUAAAAAAAAAAAAGUCAGUGCUGUUGCUGGAUUAACCAAACGAUGCUGUUUUGCCUGUGCUGGAAGGUUUCAGUGCUGCACAUUUUCAGACAUCCACAUACGAUUUACAGCAUUUUAUAAUUUUUGUAUUUUCAGUUUAAACGUAAGAGCUGUAGCCAC